AUGCUGGUGUUGGAGACCGAUGAGCCUCAUCCAGAGACCAUGAAGCACAGAGGACGAUUUGGAGAGAUCAUGGAUCGAUUAUUUAGGGCCGCCGGAGACAGACAUGAUCCACCUCUCGGCAUAGAAACAGACAUGCGCUUCAUUGUGGACGAUCCUGCAAAUGGCCAUCAUGGCAAAGUACCCAGAGCCGCCGACAUAUCGGACAAAACUACAGCAAUACUUAUCACGGGAUCAAUGUACGAUGCUCAUGGAGAUGAUCCAUGGAUUACGGAAACAAUAUCUCUCAUCGAGGAGUUGUGGCGGACAAGACCGAAUAUGAGAUUCAGCGGUAUCUGCUUUGGUCACCAGAUUCUUGCACGGACUUUGGGUGCGAGAGUCGAGGCCACGCCCGGAGAGAAAUGGGAGCUUUCUCACACAUCCAUGGAACUUUCUCCUGUCGGCAAGAAGCUUUUUUUGACCGAAGAUGACACGAUUUCUGUGCAUCAGAUGCACCAAGACCAAGUCACAACUGUACCAUCAUCGGAAACUUCUGACCUGCUCGGAAAGGACCAGAGGGUGCAUAUCUGGGCAUCAACAAAGCAUACCAAGAUACAGGGUCUCUACAUUCGAGAUAGGCUAUUCACAAGUCAAGGCCACCUUGGCUUUGACGAAAAAAUGGUGCGAAGGCAAAUCGAGCUCCGGCAGAAAUCGGGAGCCAUCGAUGAGAAUGAUGCCGCAGAGGUGCAGGACGCAGAAGAGACGGCACAUUUGGAACACGAUGGAGAAAUCGUGGCCGCUGCUGUCUUGAGAUUCUUUCAUGGAGACGAUCAUAACAUCGACUAG